AUGUUAAUGGCGGAUCCUCUCAAAGUUUCUGGUAAAACAUAUGACUAUGUUAUUACCGGCGGAGGACUCACAGGUCUCACAACGGCUGCACGCCUGACAUCCGACGCAAGAAUAACCGUUUUGGUGAUCGAGAGCGGUUUCUAUCAGUCUAGUCGAGGCCCAAUCGUGGAAGAUCUGAAUUCAUUCGGUGAAGCUUUUGGGACCACUCUCGAUCACGCCUUCCAGACUGUAUCCUUAGAUAUCAAUGGGCGUCCAUUGACUUUUCACUCUGGAAAUGGCCUCGGUGGCUCAACUCUAAUAAACGGAGCAACAUAUACAAGUCCUUCCAAGGUCCAGAUCGACUCGUGGGAGUCUCAUUUAGGCAAUGGAGGAUGGAACUUUGAUAAUAUUUCUUCCUAUAUUCGCAGGAACGAAAAGGCCCGUCCCCCUACCCCGGAACAAAUCGAAGCCGGCCAUUCAUACAAACCUGAGUGUCACGGAACACACGGUGAUCUGCAUGUCGGCCCUCGUGGAGGCCGGCUUUCCCCGAUAAUAAAAAGGCUGAUGGGAGUAGUUAAGAAAGGCGGUGCGCCGAUACGUCGCGAUCUAUCGUGCGGAAACCCGAAAGGAGUCUCAAUGUUUCUAAAUACGAUGCAUGCCAACGGGACUCGUUCUGAUACUGCUCGAGAGUAUCUACUGCCUCAUAUGACCCGCCCAAAUUUGUCGGUGCUUGUCGGGCAGAAAGUUGGUAAAGUGUUGAUCAAUCAAAAGGUCAGAAUUCCAUCCGCAAGGGGUGUAGAGUUUGGAACCGAUGGGCAAAGAUUCGAGGUAUAUGCAAAGCAUGAAGUCAUCUUAGCAGCGGGUGCCCUUAUGAGUCCUCUUAUUCUCGAGUACUCUGGAGUUGGACUCAAAACAGUUCUCGAAGCCGCCGGAGUUCCCCAGAUUGUCGAUCUACCUGUUGGACUCAAUCUCCAAGAUCAAACUACUACUACCAUGAUGGCACAGACCAAGGACGAAGGUCAAGGUCAAGCUGCUUACUUUGCAACACUGGAUGAUCUGUUCAGUACACAAGACAUUGAGACAGCCCGUGAACUCUUGAGUUCUCAACUGAAUCAAUGGGCGGAUGAUGCUAUUGCCGAAGGAGGAUUCUCCAAACAAAAUGCCCUGAAAAGUCAACUGGAGCUUUAUCGUCAUUGGAUUCUGGAUAAGAAAGUCGCAUAUGCUGAGCUCUUUAUGGAUGUGCGCCCCUUAACAGUUGGAUUCAGCAUCUGGGUACUUUUACCGUUCACCCGAGGCAAAAUUCACAUCACUCACAAGGACCCGUUCCUGUGGAAAUAUGCCCUAGACCCACGGUACCUGGAAAAUGAUUUGGAUAGGUUGUCUCAAGCCGCAGCAACUCGACUGGCCCGGAAUCUGCUCGAUGCCAUGCAUCCAUUGGUCUUGAAAGAAACAUUCCCAGGCUCGGUUGUGCCGGACAACGCAACAACAGAUGACUGGAUAUCAUAUGUGGCUCAGAACUUUCAGCCAAACUUUCAUGCCAUUGGAACAUGCUCAAUGAUGGCAAAAGAACUGGGAGGCGUUGUGGACCCUUCUGGCAAAGUUUAUGGGGUACCAGCUCUUCGAGUGGUUGAUGCUUCGAUUAUCCCAACCCAGGUCUCUGCGCAUACCUCUGCCUUACUCUAUGGCGUUGCGCAAAAACUAUCAGAUCUGAUUCUCGCUGAUUAUCACCGAAAGUUAAACUCCAUAAAUUAG